UCCCUCAUCUCAUCCUAGAAGGAUGCAGUCCACAUUGUUUUCUCAAAAGAAGCCCUUACACAUGACUCGCACAAUUGCUAGACUAUACGCAAGCCUCUCACUGUCAUUUGAACAACGUGCCCGUGUGCCUCGCGAUGAGGCCAGCUUCAAAUAUGCGAUCGAUAUCGUGCAAUCGCAUACAUCAACGGACCGGGCCCCUUUGUGCAGUCGCACAUUCAGAGGUUUUUCAGGACAUGUCAUAUCAGAGACGUCUGGCGCAGGAAUCUUCAUCUAUCAAGGCCAUUUGACGGAACUAGGACGAAACGAUGAUGGAUGAUGGAUAACAUGACUGCAAUAGUGACUUUUGACAUAUGCCAGCGCGGUGGCACGGGGCGAGGUCAAGUCCAUAUGAGCAAAAGCCAGUGUGACCUGCCGCUGCUUCGCACG